CUCACAUGUGGACAGAUCUCACUGAAACACUGCAGGCGCAGACAGAGACAACACCGCAGGUAUGGAGGAGACGGUGGACAUGAACCGAGGCUUCUUCAGGAAAGUGGACGUUCCCGAUCAUGCACACUACAUAGUGGCAUUCUUCGUGGCUGUUAUCGGGGCUGUGGGAGUGAUCGGAAACCUGCUGGUCAUGUAUGCCUUCUUCAGUAACAAGAAACUACGGACGCCUCCGAACUACUUCAUCAUGAAUCUGGCAGUGAGCGACUUCCUCAUGGCCAUCACUCAGUCGCCCAUCUUCUUCGUCAACUGCAUGUUCAAGGAAUGGGUGUUUGGUGAAAUGGGUUGUAAGAUGUAUGCCUUCUGUGGGGCUCUGUUUGGAAUCACAUCCAUGAUCAACCUCCUGGCCAUUUCCAUCGACCGCUACAUCGUGAUCACCAAACCCCUGCAGGCCAUCCGCUGGACAUCUGGACGCCGGACACUCAUUAUCAUCCUCCUGGUCUGGAUCUACUCUCUCUGCUGGAGUCUGGCACCCCUUGUGGGAUGGAGUUCCUAUAUCCCAGAAGGCCUCAUGACGUCCUGCACGUGGGACUAUGUGACGUCCACGCCGGCGAACAAGAGCUACACUUUGAUGCUCUGCUGUUUUGUGUUCUUCAUCCCUCUUGGAAUCAUCUCUUACUGCUACUUCUUCAUGUUCCUCGCCAUUCGGAAAGCAAGCAGAGAUCUGGAGAAGCUGGGCAGUCAUGUGAGGAAGACAGCGCUCAUCCAGCAGCAGUCCAUAAAGACCGAGUGGAAGCUGGCGAAGAUUGCGUUUGUGGUCAUCAUUGUGUUCGUUCUGUCCUGGUCUCCUUACGCCUGCGUCACUCUCAUCGCCUGGGCAGGGUAUAGCCACGUUCUCACGCCGUACUCCAAGGCAGUUCCUGCAGUGAUUGCCAAAGCAUCAGCCAUCUACAAUCCCUUCAUCUACGCCAUCAUACGCUCCAAGUACAGAGACACGCUUGCUGAGAAGGUGCCAUGUCUGCAUUUUCUCUCCCAGUCAUCACGGAAAGAUUGCAUCUCGGUUUCCAACAGUGAGUCUUCCUUCAAGGAGCCCAUGCUCAGCCGACAGUCAUCAGGGUCAAAGGUCAAAUUCCAGCGAGUCUCCUCUAUGUCCACCGCAGACACGGUCUGGAGUGAUGUAGAAUUAGAUCCUGUGGACCAAAGGACUCUCAGAAACUCACAUUCAGCCAAUCUACCGAGAGAUGAAGAAUGGAAGACGCAAACUAAACAGGGCAAGAUGAAGAACAAGAGGCGACAGGAGAAAAAACACAGUGAAGAGAAGGCUGCAGCCACAGAGAGCAGCUCUUUAAAUGACUGCGGACUUGACCUGGUGUCCGAGUCCGUCAACAUGGCCACUGUUCCUCUUCUCAUGGCCAAAAACACUCCUGGGGAGGAACAAGAGGAGGAGUGCAAUGAGGAACAAGAGGACAGUAAUUCUCGGAGCCCCCUGAGCAAUGGUCUGGCUUUUUACGAAGACACGCAGGAGCCACAAAUCAUUAUCGUCCCCACAUCAGAGCAGACCAGAGAAGACAAAUUAAUACUGGACCUCAAGAGCCUGAACUGCUCCAGUGAGCUUCUGGAGUCUGUGGAGAAAUUCCUCUCCUGAGGCUGAACCAGAGACCCAGAGAUCCUCUUCUGUAUGUUUGUGUUUCACUGAAGACGCUUGAGAACCACAGUGUUCACAUCAGUAUUUUAGUUGAACAAGCAAUCGGACCACAUUGCUUUGCUGCUAACAAUGAAUCGUAAGAACUAGUUAUGAUGUUAUACUUUCACUCCUCAAUAUGCUUCAACUUCACACUUUAGCCACAGUGUGUAGUGUAGAAGUAGCUGAAAGAGACACAACCACUGUGCACAUUUGUCCUUUAAUAAAGAGCGUUCUUACAAAUAUGCAUCACAAGCAUCAUAAAGACACUAAAAAACAUGCUCAAUUCAUUUCUCAAAACUAAGGAAUGUUCUGUGUUCAAUACAAGUUGUGCUCUAUUGACUCAUUGUUGACUGUUGAUUAUUAUAGAAAAUAAUUGUGAAAGAAGAA